AUAUUUAGUAUGACAGUUUUCUCAUGCAGUUUGCCAGCAGAUAGCUCUCUUUAAGAGAGAGAGAGAGAGAGUUUAAUUAGAGUUAAUCAGCUGCUUUGGGAAGUACUAAGAGCAUUUUGAGUUGUACUUUCGCAUUGGGUUUCAUCCAGGAUAUGGCACGUUUCCAAGUCGCCCCAACAUUCAUAGCCCAAUCCGUGGUUGAACUCUACCCUGCAUGCAAGGAUUUGUUCUUGCACGUUAAAUCUCAAGGAAGAGACAUCAAGAAAUUGGAAAACAGAUUAAGUGAGCUCAUAGCUCUCAUGGCGUCGAUAAUGUCGAGGAAAGACGAAAUCGAGCGAUGUCUGAGAAAUUCAGUCCUCUCAAAGAAGACCAAAGAGUUCGAAAUGCUCGUGACAAUCAUCGCGGAUAUCGAUGGCAAGUGCACCAAGUUCAUCAACAAGUACACGAAGAUCACCCGCCGCGGCCUCUGCUCAUCAGCAGACGCGCGCAGCAUAAUUCAAGAGCUCAAGAAUUUGAGGUCGAGAGUGUUGACGUGCAAUUUCUUGAAGCUUGCAAAGCUUAGUAGAGAUGUUGCCAAGAUGGUUGCACAAGCUUGUGUGGUUUUAGAGAGGUUGAAUCCGGAGCACAUGAUUUGCAAGAGAUUGGAGUUGAAUCAAGAGAAGUUUGAUGUUGAUGGUGAUGAUCUUGCAUUUUACAAUGCAUAUGUUGAUGAGGUUUUGAAGCAUCUAUGUGAAAAUGGGAGCAAAGUUGGGAUUUUGGGAGGAUCAUCAAUGGGGAAAACAAUUGUGUUGAGGAAGUUGUUUAAUCGACUUAUUGAACUUAAGUCGUCGUUUUCGGGCUCCGACGAGGGUUUGGAGUUGGAUUUUAUUAUCUGGUUGGAGUAUCCGCAAGAGGUCGAGGGAGAGGCCGAGGUCGUCGAGAAGCUACAGAAUGAGGUCAUGGGGCAACUGAGUCUAGAUCACGAGGCUACGAUGAGUGCCCACAUGAAUGGAGAUAGAAUUUCCGUGUUUCUUCGUCACAAGAAAUAUAUUUUGCUCAUGGAUAAGGUCUUGAGAAAUGUCGAUUUGGGUAGGGUCGGGUUGCGAGAGCACCACGAGUAUAAAAAACUCGUGGUGUCUUCUAGUGACAGGAGUGUCACGAGUUUGUUGGUUGAGUCUGUAUUUGAAAUUUGAUGAUACAACGGAAGUUAGGGUGAUAUAUUUGACUAUUUGUCAUAGUUUUGAGAUAUUUAA